CCCGCCCCUUGGUGGCGUAGAGAACGCAAAACAAAAACAAGGGGUUUGGUUGGGUUUCGGUGGUGGUGCCCGUAGAGGGGCAGGGCUUGAGGGGCUGACGCUACUCCUCGUGAGGGUGGGUGCGCAGGGAGCGGAAUGAAGCCGGGGUUGUGAGGCCGUGGCGGCGGUGACGGAGGGGAGGGGUCGGAUGCGGGUCCGGGGACACCGCUGAGGCGGCGGGUCCUCCGAGACAGAUCCGGACGCCCUCGCCGCACCCAGUCCCCUCCGAACCGCAACGCCAAGCGCCAGUGGAGGCGCGUCUCCGGCACGAUGAAGGAUUUGGGAGCAGAGUACUUGGCAGGUCGUGAAGGGGUCCAGCUCUUCGGAUUGUUGAACCUCUACCUAGAACAGGAACAGAGAUUCCAACCUCGAGAAAAAGGGCUGAGCUUGAUCGAGGCUACCUCGGAGAAUGAUAACACUUUGUGUCCAAGAUUGAGAAAUGCCAAAGUAGAAGACUUAAGGAGUUUAGCCAAUUUUUUUGGAUCUUGCACUGAAACUUUUGUCCUGGCUGUCAAUAUUUUGGACAGAUUCUUGGCUCUUAUGAAGGUGAAACCUAAACAUUUGUCUUGCAUUGGAGUCUGUUGUUUUUUGCUAGCUGCUAGAAUAGUUGAAGAAGAAUGCAAUAUUCCAUCCACUCAUGAUGUAAUCCGGAUUAGUCAAUGCAAAUGCACUGCCUCUGACAUAAAACGGAUGGAAAAAAUAAUUUCAGAAAAAUUGCACUAUGAAUUGGAAGCUACUACUGCCUUAAACUUUUUGCACUUAUACCAUACUAUUGUACUUUGUCAUACUUCAGAAAGGAAAGAAAUAUUGAGCCUUGAUAAGCUAGAAGCUCAGUUGAAAGCUUGCAACUGCCGACUUACCUUUUCAAAAGCAAAACCAUCUGUAUUAGCUUUGUGCCUUCUCAAUUUGGAAGUAGAGAGUUUGAAAUCCAUUGAAUUAUUGGAAAUUCUCCUGCUUGUUAAAAAACAUUCCAAGGUUAAUGACACUGAAUUCAUUUACUGGCAGGAGUUAGUUUCUAAAUGCCUUGCUGAAUAUUCUUCUCCUGAAUGUUGCAAACCAGACCUUAAGAAACUGGUUUGGAUUGUUUCAAGGCGCACAGCUCAAAACCUCCACAACAGCUACUAUAGUGUCCCUGAGCUGCCAACAAUACCAGAAGGAGGUUGUUUUAAUGAAAGUGAAAGUGAGGACUCUUGUGAAGAUAUGAGUUGUGGAGAAGAGAGUCUCAGCUCUCCUUCCAGUGAUCAAGAGUGCACUUUCUUUUUCAACUUCAAAGUGGCACAGACACUAUGCUUUCCAUCUUAGAAAUCUAAUUGUUCUGUGUCAGAAUUUAAAGUGUGCAUACAGGUUUUUAAAGCAAUAAAUGGGGGAGUAGGUAGUUUUCUGGUCCAGCCCCCAUCUAGGCAGGAACUGCAUAGACUGGAAUAUACCUACCUUCUAUUUAUUAUUCAGAUCAGAUCUGGCCUAUUUUCAUAUUUAAUCUAAGCCAUCAAAUGGGUUAGUGCCUCUCAAACAAUUAACAGUACUUUAGACAUUGGCACUUUAUUUUUCUCGUUGAUCUUUAGCUACUUGGGGGAGGAGGGAAGGUGUUGAUACCUUCAAUUUAUUACUUUUCAAGAAUUUUUAAAGAGGAAUCAUAUAACUAGUCUUAAAACUUUUAUACAGCUUUCAGGUCUCUUUAUUUACACAGAUUGGGAGUGGGCCAGUGCUUCCUUAGCAGGGAAAAUGGAUAAUCCUGUAAUGGUUUAUCUUAAGUCUCUCCCCUCCCCCCAUUCUCAGUACAGAGAAUAUACUCUUAAAUGUCAAACACCUUCUUUGUUGUUUUUUAAGUGAUGACUUACUGUCUAGUGCAGACUCUAUAAACUUAGGAAUUAUAAUAUUGCCAUUUCUGUGAAUUUUAGUAUGUAAUGUGUUAGUUGAGGUUUCUGCCAAAGCAGAAAUAAUCAACAAGCUAUGGUUGUUAGAUAAUUGCAUUUUUGAUGCCUAAGUAUUGUCAGACUGUAGUAUUAUUUUAAUGUUAUUAAAACAAUCCAUAAUCUUCUAGUUUUGCAUGCACCUGUAAGAAAGCAAUGCAGGAAGUUGAACAGAACUAGGUAACUAUGGAAUUGAUAAAUGUUGAUCUAGUAACACAUUUUAUCUCAUUUUUUAUAUAUUAAAAGUCUGCAUGAUUACAUUUUACUUCCUUUGUAAUUCACCUUUGACAAAUAAUGCUAUUAGUAUAUGGGUGCCAAGACUGAAUAAGAAAUUAAAAAAAAAAACUGUAGUGUUAUAGUUUUAGGUAUACCUGUGUGGUGGUACAGCCAUAAAAAUAGGGAUUUAUAAACUCUGUACACAUGAAAUUUUGUACAGAGAAUUUUUUAAACUUUAUAAACUAUGAAAAUGUAAAUCUUAAAAAAUGUACAUAAAAAUACUGUAUUUUUUUACCUUGUGCGUGAUAGUCUAGUAAUUGCAUGUAAAUAUAAUUUAUUGUGUAUUCUGUGUUAUAGAUCAAACAUGAUGACUUAACUUUUUUAGUGGUAGGAAAGUCAGCAUUCAUUGGAUGUUUUCUGUAGUGGAUCUUUUUGGAGUAAUAAUGAAUUACAACUCAAAAUAAAAAUAUUAAUGGAU